CGUCGGUCGUAUAUCGUCCAUCCUUGUUCAGCUUCUUGACGUCUAUUUCAACGACGCGCAUGGCUGUCAUUCCACCGAAGCUCGUUCGGAAGGUUCACUUAUAGAAAAUUGCAUUCGGGAAGUAAUAAAAGCCGUUCGACCGUUAGAAACGCCCGAGAGCCGGAUUUCCGUUCGUAUUAAUCGCGCACGAUUGCACGACGCCGUAACGUGAAUUGUGAUUUGAUCAUUAAUUGUGCCCUUGGCGCGUACAGUCGGCCGCUAGUUGUCGGAGUAAUUUGUGAAAUAAACGUGUGCCAGAGUUCAAGUAUCUCAUUAUGUGCGCGAAAAUGGCCUUUCAACAUCAGCCGGGCACUGCGAUGGAAUGCCUAAGCAUACCAAUCACAUUACACAAGGAAACAGAAAUUAACGAGAAUGGCGAGGAAAUAAUGAAAUGUGGUUUCAAAAUAGGCGGCGGGAUCGAUCAAGACUUUACAAAAAGUCCUCAGGGUUACACGGACAAUGGUAUAUACGUGACAGAAGUGCAUGAAGGAUCACCAGCAGCAAAAAGCGGUCUUAGAAUGCACGACAAAAUCUUACAAUGCAAUGGAUAUGACUUCACUAUGGUGACUCAUAAGAAAGCUGUUUCUUAUAUAAGAAAACAUCCAGUAUUAAAUCUUUUAGUAGCCCGUAAAGGUGUCACCAGUACUUAAAGAUAUACCAAAAGAAAUUCUGUUCUUGGAGAAAUAUUUAUUUCAUAUAUCUUUUUUUUUUUUAACAAGAUUUGCCUAUUCAAUCUAUUUUCUGCCAAAUAUUAUUACAGUAAAUACUAGCAACUUCUAUCUGAUCAUUAACACGCAUAGAAGUUAGUUUAGUAUGAGAUAUCGUUGAAUUAUGAGACAUUUGAAAUAGUUGCUCUAUUUGUCUCAAAACUGAAGCAGAAGUCACUACUCUAACUUGAUUAUAAAGAUACUGUUUAGUAUCUUUAUGAAGAAGUCUAUAAAAGAAGAGAUGCCAAAGCAUAAUAAAGUUGCAUUUACUUACAUAUACCUUUGACUGUGAAGACAUGGGUUGUUGAUAUUCCUAUUUUUCAAUGAGGAUACUGUGGAAAAAUGAUAUCUGUCAAAUU